GAGCUCGGGGAGAGGGAGGAGUGGGGAGCAGAGGGGAAGCGCAGGAAGAGGCCGGAGCCAUGGGGCUGGAGGAGGCACGAGAGCUGGAGUGCGCGGCGCUGGGCGCGCUGCUGCGGGAGCCGCGGGAGGCCGAGCGCACGCUGCUGCUCGACUGCCGCCCCUUCUUGGCCUUCUGCCGGCGCCACCCGGCCCGCGUGCUGCUGUCAGCGCUGCUGCAUGAGACCCGCGCCGGGCCUACCGCUGUGUGCUUCCUGCGAGGAGGCUUCGACGCCUUCCUGGCUUGCUGUCCCGACCUGUGUUCUGAGUCCCCUGCCCCGGCGAUGUCGCCUGCUGGGGCCGAAAACAGCCGCUCAGACCUCAGGGCUCCUUUCUAUGACCAGGGUGGCCCGGUAGAGAUCUUGCCCUACCUGUUCCUGGGCAGCUGCAGCCACUCAUCGGACCUGCAGGGGCUGCAGGCCUGCGGCAUCACCGCCGUCCUCAACGUCUCCGCCAGCUGCCCCAACCACUUUGAGGGCCUUCUGCGCUACAAGAGCAUCCCUGUGGAGGACAACCAGAUGGCGGAGAUCAGUGCCUGGUUCCAGGAGGCCAUAUGCUUCAUUGACUCGGUGAAGAACAGUGGGGGCCGGGUACUGGUGCACUGCCAGGCAGGCAUCUCACGCUCGGCUACCAUCUGCCUGGCGUACCUCAUACAGAGCCGCCGCGUGAGGCUGGACGAGGCCUUCGACUUUGUUAAGCAACGUCGGGGUGUCAUCUCGCCCAACUUCAGUUUCAUGGGGCAGCUGCUGCAGUUUGAGACUCAGGUGCUGUGUCAUUGAGGCAGGCGGAGACACACAGAGCUGCGGUUCCUGGCCAGCUGACUGGGGACAGUUGGGCUCCCCUCGGGCCCCCUGCCAGUCCCCCUCACCUCAGUUUCGAAAGCCCUCAGGUGGGGGCCCUGGGGGUGUAGGAAUGCUGGACCGUCUCACCUGGUGCUCUUCUGCUAAGGGUCUGAGGGCCCGCUCUCAUUCAGCGAUGAGAACGAAGGGUUGCUCUGCUUCCCUCCCUCAUCCUCUGGCAGAAACUACCUGGACUCUACACCCAUGAACUCACUGGUCCCACAACCAUGUUGAAGCCCUUGGCAGACUGAGCGCCCCAAGGAACAAGCUGUGACAACCAGAGCCCUGUCUGGGGGUGGUACACCCUGGAGCCCUGUGUUCCUGCAGGGACGUGGGCUUGGGGGAGCGCUGUGUCCUUUUUGCGUGUGUGGAUGUGAGCAUUUCAUGCCCCUGUUGGUGCUGGAAAAUUAUUUGUAUUGAACUGACAGUUAACACUCCCUCCCCCACUUCCUCCCAGCCCCGUGGGUGGGGCUGGAAACUUAGCACUUUAUAUUUAUACAGAAACUUG